CAUCAUUGGGAAUUGGAUAUCAGUCAGAGUCAAUGUAAAACUCUCCAUUCGAGCUAUAGUUUUGAUUUCGAAUCUACCUCUCUUCGGUAAUUUCAGCUAAUUUGUAUAUACAGUGUACAUAGAGAUGAGCACACAAACUCGUUCAGGCGGCGGAGGAGGCGGCGGUCACACCCGCAACCAGAAAAAGUCAAAUGUCAGCAACUCCGGCGGAGGCGGAGGAGGCUCCGGCACCGGCCACCAUGAUGCAGUCUCACAUGCGGCGGCCGCCGGCAAGAAAGGCGGCGGUCUGGAUGUCAGCAAGACAGAGAAGCCAGAGAAGGCCCAGCCGAAGGCCACCACCGAACAGUUGCGCAUUGCCCAGAUCACCAAUAGCACCACAGAGGAUCCGCAGAUCAAAGAGAAGGUCACCCUUCUGCUGACCAUGACCCAACGUUCCGAGGAGGAGGUCUGCUGCGCCCUCAAUGAGUGCGAUUAUGAUUUGGAGGCAGCGGCCAACUUUUUGAUCGAGGAGCUACCGCAGGGCGCCUUUGCCAAGUACGAGAAGAAACGCAAGAACAAGGCUGCAAAUGCCCCGGGCGAUGGUGCCACCGGUGACGGAGACUGGGCCGAUGGAAAUGCGAAUGCGGAUAAGAGGGAAAAGUCGCGUAACCGCAGCUCAAAUCGAGGCGGCGGACGCGGCUCCACCGACAGUCGUGGCUGGCGGGGAAGAGAGACCCGCGAGAACGAGCGCAAUCAGCGCGAAUCUCGGGAACCUCGCUCUGGAGGAGGCGACCGCGGCGAUGACCGGGCUAACGACAACUACCGCGGGCAGCGGAACGGCGGCGGACGCAAUGGACCCGGAGCCCUGGGCAGCGGACGCGGUGGUGGCUUCGUCUCUCGCUCUGGCCGUGGUGGUGGUCGCAUGGGCGGUCGCAGCGGUGGCCCGCGUGGUGAUCGUAUCGGAGGUCAAGGCGGCGGUGGUUACGGUCCCGGUCGCAGUGGCAACGCCAACGACGAUCAUCAUGAGGUGGAGCUGUGGGACAACACCAUUGCCCAGAACGCCGAGAAACAGCAGCAGGCCCAUGACGACGCCUGGGGCGAUUGGAACAACGAGGAGUACGAGGGCUCGCUGAAGGACAGCAAGGUGUUCACCCCCAGCAACUUGGCCACGCAAACGGCCGCUAGCGUGGUGAGCGGUGCGGGAGCAAGUGCCGAGAGCUCACUGCCGGCGCCACCGGGUCUUGAACACCAUCUCGUGCAGCAGGGAUCAUCUCAUCUGGAGGAGGGCUCCAGCAGCGGACCAACGGCGGGCACACCACCGGCAACGCUUUCCAGCUCGGCGACUACGCCGCUGCUGCAGUACAGCGCAGCGGUCAGUAAUCCACCGCCCCAGCUGCAGGCUCAGAGCACGCAGGCGGGACCAGGAACGCCAGCAAGCGCAACUGCCGGCGGAGGAACGGGCAAUGCUUCGUCCUCGUUUGGAUCUGCUGCCCCCGACACAUUCUCGAGCGCCGCCUCUGCAGCCGCCACACUGGUGCAGCAAGCGCAGCAGCAACAGCUUCAGCAGCAGACGACGCCUAUAAAGCCAUCGGCUACGCUGUCGGCCGAGCAAUCUCAGUAUUUCAACUCGCUGUCCAGCCAGGGCGCUAGCCCAGGAUCUGCAGCGGUACAGCCUGCGCCAGCGGGCUAUACGCAGAACCCAGUAGCCGCCUACUCGCAGACCAGCACCAGUGUUGGUGCGAGCCAGUAUCCCAGCACAUAUGCGAACGUUUUCGCCACUGGAACGGCAGCAGGCGCAGCUGGGGAGCAAUCGCAGCAGCAGCCGGUGAGGAGGGCGCGCGUCAAGCUGCCGCCGCCAUCAAAGAUCCCGGCCAGCGCUGUGGAAAUGCCAGGAGACAAUGCUCUGAAUAACAUUGGCUAUCUGGACGUGCAGUUCGGUGCUCUGGACUUUGGAACGGACGAUGGCUUUGAUGCAGUGCCGGAGAAGGUUGGGGCGGGCUACAGCAUCGACAGUCAGCAGCAACAGCAGCAGCAAGACGACUACCAGAGUAAAUCCCAGCAGCAACAAUCUGCGCUGACAGCGGGUCUGCAAAGUUCCCAGAUCGGAGAUGCCUUGACUGCAGCGGCGGGCUAUGCGAGUCGUUCGACGGCGCAGCAGCAGGGCGGCAGCUCGUCCGCCGCCACGAAUGCGCUCGAUCAGUUGGCCAAGAACGAUCCCUAUGGACAGGCCAGCGGCACCGGUAGUGCCUAUCACCAAAACGCAUACCAGACCAGUGGAGGAGCGGGUAAGGCGUCCAGCGGCUACCCUACGACGGCGUCAGCUGGCUACAGCAGCUCCAGCUAUGCGAAUGUUCAGAGCUCGGUGGGCAGUUAUCAGCAGCAGGGUUAUGGCUAUCAGCCCAGUGCGGUAAACUCCUACCAGCAGCAACAGGCGGGCGCCGGAGCGCAGAGUGGUGCGUCGGGCGCGGGCGUUGCAGGUGCAGCGACGCAAAACAUUCCGGUUGGUGGCAGUAGUAGUCAAAACAGCACAAGCGGCAAUGCGAGCUCUGCCUACCUCACUUCCGGCUAUUCGACACCACAAAGUGCUUACCAGUCCAGCCAGAAUGUCUAUGGCAACACGGGAGGACUGUCCAAUAGCAGCGGGUUCGCUGGCAGUGCGAGCAAUGCGUCCUCACAGUACGCCAGCUUUAGUGCCAGCGCUAAGCUCAAGGAUGCGACCGCCACCAGCGGCGCCGCGCACUAUGACAGUGUCUCCACUAGCAGCGGCGUCAGCAGCAGCAGCGGAAGCACUGGUAACGGUGCAGCGGGAACUGUCAGUGGGCAGCCAGGCGCUAACCAAGCAGUUGUUUCCAAUAAUAACAACGUGAGUGGCAGCAGCUCGGUCAGCAAUGUGACGGCGGGCGUUGCCACCGGCAACGUGGCCGGCGUGGGCGGAGUAAUCAGCCAGAGCGGCGUAAGUAGCAGCGCCGUCGGUGUGGCCGGUGGCAGCGGAAGUGCGGCCAACGUCGUCGGUGUGAAUGUUAACAGCAGCAGCAACAACGCCGGCUCUGUGGGAGCAGCGGCUGCCGCAGUCGCCGCCCAAACGGCUGCGGGCACCACCGCCGCGGUGCUGGCCUCGCUGACCAACAAAAAUAUUAGCAGCAGCAGCAACAGCAGCGGCAGUGGUGGCAGCGUCGCCACAACGGCGGGCAGCGCCGGCGGUGCAGGUGCAGGAGCUGGCACUGGCGGCGGCGUGGGCGGCGCAUCGGGUGCUGGUGGUGCUGGUAGUGGUGGUGGCAGUGGCAGCGGCAGCGGCUUGGUGCCCACCAACAUCCAAAUGGUUAGUCAAUAUAUUCAGACUGGAUUGCCAUACUAUCAGCAACCAGUGUAUUCCUACGAGGAAUUACAAAUGAUGCAACAGAGAGUGCCACAUGUGCAAGGAUAUUACGACUUGAACUAUCCGCCAGCAAGUUUAGGCGCCGGUCGUGACAACCUCGGCUCUGUGGCCUACUCCACAAUGACUGAUGGACGAUUCGCCCGCACUGACAAUAACUCCAGUCCGGUUGGCAAUGUAUCCAGCACAAUGUCACAACAGGCGGGCUCUGGUGCGCCCAUGCUGAAUGUUCCUUAUGCCUACUUUUAUGGCGGCAAUGUGAUGCCCGGUAGUUUCCAAUAUGGCACGCCCACCAUCUAUCCACAGAUGCCGGCAGCCAACACUGCCUCAGGUGGACAGUUCCCAAAGCCCUCGUAUAGCGCUGGCUACGGCUCGACCAGCUACGACACUCUCUCGCAGACCACACAGGAUUACAGCAAGGGCGGUGGCGGCUACUCGUCGAGCGUGAAUCAGCAGAGCAAAACGCAGACUGUGUCCAAUCAGUCACAGGCAGGCACUGGAUCCGACCUCACCUCGUCCAUGUACGCGAAGGGUCAUGUGCCGCUGAACAAGGUUAAUUCGUACGAGAAGCAGAGCUUCCACUCUGGCACUCCGCCGCCGUUCAACAUGGCGAACACUCAGACAGCUGGCGGCACAUCGGCCCAGCCGUACGGCAUGUUCUUGCCGAUGCCAGCAGCAGGACACCACAACAUGAUCCAUCAGCCCAUCCAUCAGAUGGACGGCAGGAUUCAUAGCUCAUCCCGCCGGGACUCGAACAGCGCCGGACAGCGUCAGCAAUCGACCAGCCAGUCAAAGUCGGCAGGAAAGCAGGGCUACUCUCCCUCGUACUGGACCGGACAGAACUAGCUUCCGGAGAACACGAUCUGGCGGCCCCUGCAGAUCGCCCGAGCUGGCGAGCUCUAUAGCAUUCGCAGCAGUAGCACCACCAACACCACAACCACCACCACGCCCAUUCACUACAUCUACAGCAAAAGCAGCAGCAAUCUGAGAACGCAGCCCAACACACUUACCACGCCCACGAUAGUGACAACAAUAGCAGCCAGCGCCACCACAAAUAACACAGAUGCCACAACCACAACGUCAGUAGCAGCUGCGAUAUUGACGACGACAUCGGUGCAAUCGGCUGUUCCCAGCCAAUUGCUUAUGCUCGUCAAGGAGCAGCCACAACCCCAACCACAGCAGCAACAACAACAGCAGCCACUUGCCGCCGACACGGUGAAGAGCGAGAAAUCCUCGCCAGCGUCGGUGGUGGAGUCGGAUUAUCUAAUAUACGAAGAUAAGCGAUCAUACUUUACUUAAUAAGAAACGUUUUUACUACGAACGCGCACUGUAAAGGCGCCGCCCAGCAGCGUCUUGACCACGCCUCCCUUUUCCCCUCAACAAACAGCCAACACACACAUCGCUCACACACAAACAUAUACAGCCAGGAAUAGAAGGGAGUCUCCAUCUCACUGGCCGCAAAGCAAAGAAACAACAAACAAAAUAAAACAUACAGCAACAUCCGCAUAAAUAUACCAAGUACCAUUUUCACAUUGCAUACAAAUAAAUCUACAAAGAUAAAGA